AUGACCAACAUUAUCACCCUGCACAGCGCAUGGGACGUUGACCGUCACAUUGUGCUGGACUCCGCAGACAAGCUGGUGCUGAUUCGAUUUAGCAGCUACACCUCCGCCGAAACGGAAGCGGAGGAGUACAGUCGAUCGACGCAGCGUGGCCCCACCACCUCGGCCUCCACGGCGGUUGAGGGGUCAUUAGCUUCGUCCUCGUCGGCGCUCUCCACUCGUAAGCACAAGCGCUGCGAUGCGGGCGGGGUUGAUGGGCGCGUGGUGACGUCGGUCACGGCCGCGGCGCUUUUGUCCACCAACGCUAACGAACAUUACCUGCGCACCCGUCAGAUGGACGCCUUGCUCAGCGAACUUGCACCCAAGGUAUGUAAGUACUGCACCAUGUACUUCGUGGACACCCGUGAGGUGACGGCAUUCAACGACCUCUACGAGCUGGGCCAUGACCGUGACCCGUUCGCUGUUAUGCUCUUCUACCGGAAUCGACACAUCCGCGUCGACGUCGGGACGGGCAACAAUAACAAGAUUAACUUCUUUGCGUUUGAAGACUUGUACGACUUUUUGCCCAUCGUAGACGCGGCCUACAAGGCAGGUCGGCAGGGACGGAGCAUCAUCAGCUGUGAUCGAAAGUUCUCUACGGUGGCGCUACGCCGAUAA